GUUCAGUUCGCUAAGCUAUCUACCGAAGAACCUCGACGGGACGGCGCUGCCCUGUGGUCACAUUGCAUUGUUUGACCCCUUGAAAGUUUGUUUGUCACUUUUUUAGAUUCAUUCACUCGGCAUCUCCAGGGCAUAGAUAGGUCUGGUCUCUUUCCGGGAUCCCGUCUUUUUUUAUGCCUGCCCCCUUUCAACUACCUACGAAAAAGCAAAGACCUUCCCGUGCCCAUUCAUACCUAGACUACCUCUACUUACAGCCCGAUUCCCAGACCGCGGCUGCCUGAGAUGCGACAAACUGCUUCGUCGACAACCUCGUCUCUGUUCUUGGGUUCCCUUUUCGUGUUGUAGUGAGCGCUUGUUUCUGUUCUGUGGAGGAAUGCUGCCACUGGGCUUGACGUCAUGAAGUUUGCCAAAGAACUCGAGCAGGAAGCGGUGCCAGAAUGGCGUGUCAAGUAUCUGAACUACAAGCUCGGAAAGAAGCUCAUCAAGUCGGUUACGAGGGCCAUCCAGCGCGCAAGCACCACGCCGAACCUUGCCAGGCGACCCGACUCAUUACAUGCCGCACCUGCCGCUCUCUUCCACCACCUACACCACAAACGAACACCAACCCAACACCGAUGGUCUGACACCACACCAGGCUCCCAUGAGGGUUCUCCUGGAGCCGAUCAACUGCAGAGCGGCGGCCCAGAGCUCGACCGCACGCCGACCAAGAACAACAGAAACAGCAAAGGCAGCAUCGAAGCACGAGGGGAGCGCUCUGGUUUGACGACGUUACCAGACAACGAGGUUCAAUAUGGAAGCAUUCUCCCUCCUUCGCGUUCGAGCGAUCGAACCGAGUUCGAACUGCCCGCUCCCGCUAUGAAGAUAGCCUCGAGGACAGGCGGCCGCCGUGACUCGAUCGUGGCUUCCCCAACUUCCCCGGUCUCUAACCGUUUCGGACCACGACGCACCAAGUCCAUGAUGGCAGGUGCCGAUGGCCAGUCUACUGCGACCGAGUCCUCCGUCGAAUUACCUCCAAGCGCGACCAUUGCUCAACGCUCUCCCCAUCGUCUUUCCCGGGUUCUCUCCAAUAGCUCUCAUCUGUCUCGCACAAUGUCGAACAGGGAUAGUACAGCAUUGCAGAAUCUGGAGUCCGUCCGUACUGCCGAGACCGAGUUCUUCUCUUUUCUCGACAAUGAGUUAGACAAGAUCGAGACAUUUUACAAGCAAAAGGAAGACCAAGCCACCAAACGACUGGCUGCUUUGCGCGAGCAACUUCACGAAAUGCGCAACAGGCGGACUACGGAGAUUGCGGAUGCCAAGCAGAGGAAGGAGAUGGAGCGAGGUAGUGGCAGUAAGAGUCACCCAGGCGAUGGUGGAGGAAGCAAUGGCAAGGACAGCGGUACGGACUGGAUAGGGCCCCUCCGCACCAAGUUCAUGAAGCCUGGCCCAAACUCGAAAGCGCUGCAGAAGAUGACCGAGACGCCAGUCAUGGCCCCGCAGAAGCCAGAAGAGGGCCGCGACUAUGUCCGGAGACCGCCAAACAAAGACGAUGUAUCGUAUCGCGUAGCUAAGCGGAAGCUCAAGCUAGCCCUGCAGGAGUACUACCGCGGUCUUGAACUCCUCAAGUCUUAUGCCCUCCUGAACAGAACUGCGUUCCGGAAGCUUAACAAGAAGUACGACAAGGCGGUCAAUGCCCGCCCGACGUACCGCUACAUGAACGAGAAAGUCAACAAGACUUGGUUUGUCAACAGCGACGUUGUCGACGGUCACAUUCGCACCGUCGAAGACCUAUACGCCAGAUACUUUGAAAAAGGCAAUCACAAAGUGGCUGCAGGAAAACUCCGGAAUAUUCUCAGACGUCCCGGAGACGCUUCGGGCAGUGCUUUCCGCAGUGGACUGCUUAUCGGUUUUGGCGCCGUCUUUGCCGUUCAGGGUCUGAUUUAUGGUUCGGAGCUACUCUUCCAGGACGAUCACACUCUCAAGGAAAACACAAGCUACUUGCUGCAGCUGUACGGCGGCUACUUCUUGAUGAUCUUGCUCUUCGCGCUGUUCACAUUGGCUUGCCGAAUAUGGACACUGAACAAGAUUAACUAUCCGUUCAUCUUUGAGCUUGACACGAGGCAUAAUCUGGACUGGAAGCAGGUGGCCGAGUUCCCCAGCUUCUUCUUUGCGCUUCUUGGCGUGUUCCUAUGGCUUAACUUUUCGAGGUUUGGCCACUGGGAGGAGAUGUAUCUGUAUUAUCCUGCCCUCUUAAUAGGCCUGUCGCUGUUGAUAUUGUUCUUCCCGGCACCAAUAUUUUACCAUCGAGCCCGAAGAUGGUUCUUGUAUUCGCAUUAUCGCUUGUUGUUGGCAGGUUUGUAUCCUGUCGAGUUCCGAGACUUCUUCCUCGGCGAUAUCUGGUGCUCUUUGACCUACUCUGCAGCUAACAUUCCCAUGUUCUUCUGUCUGUAUGCGAACGAGUGGGAUCAGCCGGGCAUGUGUAACUCUAGCCACUCCCGGCUUCAAGGUUUCUUCAAUGCCUUGCCCCCCAUUUGGCGUGCUCUGCAGUGUAUCAGGCGUUACCACGAUACGAAGAAUGUGUUUCCGCAUCUUGUCAACUGCGGAAAGUACAUCAUGACCAUCACCACCGCUGUUAUACUCAGCUUGUAUCGCCUCAAUCGUUCGCAACCGAUCCUGGCUGCCUACAUCACAUUCGCGACCAUUAACGCCUGUUAUACUACCAUCUGGGAUCUGUUUAUGGAUUUCUCACUACUCCAGAAAAACGUCCGCUACCCUUUCCUCCGAGACAUCACCGCGCUCAAGUCCAAAUGGAUCUACUAUGUCAUCAUGGUUGUCGACCCGCUUCUCCGCUUCAACUGGAUCUUCUACGCCAUCUUCACCCACGACACACAGCACAGCACGAUUGUCUCCUUCUUUGUCGCCAUGGCUGAAGUCAUCCGUCGUGGCCUUUGGCUCAUCCUUCGUGUUGAGAACGAGCAUUGCGCCAACGUAUCCCAGUACAAGGCCUCGCGCGAUACUCCUCUUCCCUACCAGCUCGAUCAGUUCGUCGAGCGUCCCAGCCAGGAGACAUCCGCCGGAGAGUUGGAGGCUGAAACCGGCACCACUACAGGCGCUGUCCAACAGGAGCGCAGGGGCACCAUCUCCUCCAUGGCCGCCAGUAUCCGCGAGCGCAUUCGCGGCUCCGUCGGCGCCGGAGCCACCUCUCCCUGGGCAGCUUCCCCAUCCCCGGCCACGGGUGCCGCCCACCCAGAAGAGGAAGGAGCCAUCAGUCCCCACGCCGAAUCGGGUGCCAUUUCUGGGGAAGGGGCGACAGGUACCGGUACCGGCUUCAGCCUCAGCGGCGGAGGCACCUUCCGCCGCCGUCACGUUGAGUCGAUGGGCAAGAAGUCUAUUCUCCAGGUCAUGGCCGAAGCGCACAAGCAAGAUUUCGAAAAGAGACGACCAUCCGAGGCAGUCAGGGAGCAAGGAUUGGGGCGAGGGGGAAGUAGUAGUCUUGUCGAUGAAGACGAUGAGGAGGACGAUGAUGAUGAUCCGGAUUUGCGGAGUGAGGUGGAGGACGACGAUGAGGAUGAUGAUGAUUCCGAUCGGAGAAGCGUGCAGCAGGAUCGGAUGGAGGCUAGAGAGGCGGAGAUGCUUGUGAAGAGGGCGAGGGGGGAGCCGGAUGAUUCUGUUAGUGAGUAGUGUAGUUAGGGAUAUGGAGUGGGGGGGAAGAGGAGGUUCGGAGAGUAAUUUGAUACCCAACUUUGUCGAAGUGAAACAACAAACAACAAAAAUAAGCGAACAGCGAAACCCCAUGGGAGCAUAUAGACGGGUGAUACACAUCAUUAUGGUAAUUCAGUUCAAGGGAAUAUAGCGCAUGGCCUGUUAUUCCUUUGGCUGAUUGAAAGAUACACGAAGGUGGUGCAUCAAGUAUAUAGAUGCCCGGAGAACAUGGCUUACUUAUUCUUCUUGCUGGCUUCACGUAUAGCGGUUAUUCUUUGCUCUUAUGGAGAAAUCAUUGGCUUAUAUUCACGUCAACAUAUUGUCUUGUUUGCGCGGAGAGCAACGCAAUGUCAGU